AUGAUUAAUAGAUUUAAUGUAUUAUUUGUGAUAUAUAAAUAAAUUUAUAAAUUUAUUUAACUACAAAUAUAUUAUAUUUUUAAUAUAUUUGAAAUUAAUGCAUAUAAUAAAAAAUUUACAUAUUUUUUUACAUUUCCUAAAUUUUAAUAAUAAAAAUAAAAUAUAAAAAAAUUAUAAUUUUAUCUUUAAACCUAUUAAUGCUUUUAAUAUUUUUAAUUUUAAAAAUAAAUAUAUUAAUUUGCAAAUAUUCAAAAAAAAAAAAAUUUAAAAUAUUAAUAUAUAUCAUUCACUAAAAGUAUAAUAAUUUAAAACUAUAAACAUUCUCUCAUAAAUAAAAAAAAUGAUUAAAAAAAAAUUACCGAUACAAAAACAAGAGAUACAGUUUCCCCAGUAAAGACCUAAGAAAACAACUAAAAUUUAAUAAACACUCUUUAGAAAUAUUAAAAAAUAGAUUUCUUUGUAAAAUCUCACUAAAAAAAAAAUAUAAUAUCUUUUACGAGUAAUUUAUCUAUAUAGAAUCUUCCAAAUGAGCUUAUAAUAUAGAUUUUAACGUAUUUUUCACCAUACGAAAUCUAUACAAAUAUAAUAAAAGUAAACUAAUUUUUUUAUUAGUACCUAAAAAGUAAGCCAUUUUGGUAAUAUCUUGCAAGAAUAUAAAAAUUUACAAUUUCAGACAAAUAUUAGAAGCAAUCGCUUAUAGUAGAAAGAAGAUCUAAAGGAAAGCUUUUUAGGGCAAUUUCUCGUUUUAAUGAUGAAAAAGUAAUAAUUAGAAAAAUAAAUGUAGAAAUAAGCAAUGCAGGUCAAGAUGAUGGUAUUCCAACAUCAAUAUUAAGAGAAUUAAGUAUUUUGAAAAAUUUAAAACACCCAAACAUUAUAUAAUUAAAAGAAUCUGAAAUAAAUGGUGUUUAUGUAUAAAUAGUAAAUGAAUAAUUACCAUAUAAUCUAAAAGAAUAUUUACAAAAAAAUCCAAUAAUAAAUAAUAAUAAUAAUAAUGAAUAAAUAACAAAUUUACUUUUUUUAAAAAAAACUUUUCAUUAAAUACUUCUUGGAGUUAAUUAUUUACAUUAAAAUGGUAUUUUGCACCGAAACCUAAAAAUUGAUAAUAUACUCCUAGAUGAAAAAAACACUAUUAAAAUUUCAGAUUUUGCUCUUUCUAGAUAAGUUACAUUCCCACAUAUUCCAUAUACACCUGAAGAUCCAAAAGAUAGAGAGAGAUCAAGUCGGGAGGCCAGAAGAUUAUGGUAUAGGGCCCCUGAAUUACUACUGAGAAAAUCUAUUUAUUCUUAAGAAGUUGAUGUGUGGUCUUUGGGGUGUCUUUUAGCAGAAUGUGUACUUGGAGAUCCUUUAUUUUAGGGAGAUUCGGAAAUUAAGUAACUUUUUAUAGUUUUUAAGCUUCUUGGUUCUCCUACUACGGCUGUGCUUUAAGAUAUGUGUGAUAAUUAGGAUUAUAAUUUAAUGUUUCCAAAGUGGGAUAUGGUGGAUAUUAAUGAUGCAUGUGGAAAAGAGGAGAGAUUGAAGAAGAUUAUGUUGCCAAAAAGAGAUGUUGAAUUUAAAAAAUUGAAAAGUUUAGCGAAUUGUUUGGGACCUCUUGGUAUGGAUUUAUUAAGUAAAAUGAUAAAACUUAAUCCUAAAGAAAGAAUAUCAUGCGCAGAAUGCCUAGAACAUGAUUUUUUUAAGGAAAUACAUACAGAAUAAAUAGUUUAGGAAGGUUAGAUUUAUAAGUUUUUGUAAAACGUAUAAUAGAAAUUAAAAAUAGAACCUUUUUAUAUGAAAAAAUAAGAACAUAUAAAUGAGCAAAUGAGAGUAAUUUUAGUUGAUUGGUUAAUGGAUGUUAGUUUACAUUUUUAAUUGGAAGAAGAAACUUUACAUUAUUGCAUUUAAUAUGUAGACAGAAUUCUAUAAUAGAUGAAAUUAAGUAAAUAAAAUUUAUAAUUAGUUGGUGUUGUUUGUAUGAAAAUUGCUGAUGUAUUUAAUGAAUAAUCUAAAGAAUAUUAUAAAUAAGAAAAUGCAAAUGAAUAUGCAUAUAUAACAGCUGAUGAAUAUAAUACUUAACAAUUAUUAGAUAUGGAAAAGAAGAUUUUAAGUUUAUUAGAUUUCGAGUUAAAUAUACCAACAGUAUUACAUUUUGUGAAAAUAAAAUUAAGUUAAUUAAAAAUGGAAGCUAGUGUAUAUUUAUUUAGUAUAUUUUUUUCUGAUAUUUUAUUAAUGAGUACUUAUUCUUAUUAGUUUUAAUCGGAUUUGUUAGGUAAUACAUGCAUUUUUAUGGCUAAUCUUUAUUGUAAAUAGAAUUUGGAAAAGAAAAAUUUAUUUAAUUUUUAAGAAAAAUUUGAAGAAAAAAAUUCUUUUUAAAAUUUUUUUGACUGCUUUGUGUUUUUGUAUGAUUUUUAUUCAUAAAAUAGGUAUUAGUUUGAACCUAUUUAUGUUAAAUAUAGCAAAUUAUACAAUAUUUAGACUAAUAAUAUUAUAUUACCUGUUUAUAAUAAAAAAAGACUUUAAAAUUGGUGGAAUGGAUUAAAAUAUUGA